AUACCACCAUCCAGGCUGUCCAUGUAGGUGGAUUACGAGAGGAAAAUAAGUGUGUUGCAGGUAGUAAGAGCACAUCCUAGACGAAAGCCCAUGAAAAUGCUUACCUUGAGCAUUGAAAUACGUGGUUUGAGCGAUGGUUGGGCGCAUCGUUCUCAGGUGGGGUCGGUGUAAAGCCUAGGUCUAGAUGCAAAUCAAGAAUGAAGCAAUUCUGUUGAUGCUCGAGGACGGCGGGCGCAUGAGCGCUGUUGUAUCGAUGGUGAGCCUAGCAUAUGUCGUCGAGAGGAGUGGAAUAGAACAAACAACUUACAACUGGCUAAAACUAGACGCCAUAAAUAAGCCGUCUCCAAUGCCAAUGCCAAUUUUGUUGAGGUGCACUGCGAGUCUGUCCGAUAUUGGAAUGCGCAGAUCCGAUUCAGCGCGCGCCGCGGGUGCAUCAAUCAAUGGGCAUUCGGAUAUUGUCCGACGAACUUCACGCGCAGGUCAAUCAUCGUCUUCCAUAACCGAUGCAGCAAGAGGGAGUGGUACAGACAGUGUGAGUUCCGGAACGGCCUUCCAGCCUGUUGCUUGCAAAGCUCUCAACGUUGGCCGCACCGAACACCACCUCUUUCGUAUUAUGUUUGUACCAUUUGCGUCUUUGCCAGCAUCCUGCCCCCAAACGACGGCGACCAACGUACUUCAGCAAACAAGUCUCCGUGCGCCUGCGACCACGGCGAGAUUGGACCUGCCAGGUGUCUUGCCAGCUAUCUUAUCACCACUCUAUUUCCUUGCCUGCAACUGUCUAUUCGGUGCGUCGAUCAAGCUGUGAUUCGCGAUUUGUUACAAAUGGUUUGUUUGCAAAGCACCACGACCAUUUUGUACUUAUAACAACAACACAUUCCACAACCGUCAAAGCACCUUCGAACUUCGACCCUCCGACAAGUUAUUUUCGAACCUUGUUUCCGUUUUUCCGUCGAUAAAAAAUCUCAAGCCUUCAUUUGUCGCCGUAAUUUGGUGCUGCCACAGGUAACUAUAUCAUAACUUUCAUAUAUUCAACAC